UGAGAAAGUGAGUUCCCAGCAGAGCCCUCUCUGGAGGAGGAGCCUAGGAAACUCCAAAAAGAAAUGGAUGCUGCUGCUGCUGCCGGGAAGGGGAGGGAGAAAAGAUGUGGCUGAUCCCUGCCUCAGGGAAUGAAGCUGAAGCACAACUGCAGGAGGAUGGCAUUGUGAAUAUUGCCACUGGAAGAAAAGGAGGUGCUUUCCCCAAGCAAUUAUAUACUGAUGAUCCGAAGACGCCGCCCAACUCCAGCUACCUUGGUCUUGAGCAGUGACCAGUCAUCUCCAGAAAUUGAUGAAGACCGACUCCCCAACCCUCUGUUGAAGCCAGGACUGGCAAUGUCACCAAGGCAGAGGAAGAAGGUUUCUCGCACCACCCCUACCAUGAAAGAGCUCCAGAUGAUGGUUGAACACCACCUCUGCAAACAGCAAGCAGAUGAAGAUGAUGCCAGCACUGAGAGCCAGGAACCCCACAGUCCAAGCUGUUGUCCCCAUGUCAGCUCAGAGCCUGGGCACAGUCCUGGAAGUUGCCCUUUGGCCCAAGCCCAUGCCCUGCUCGAGUCCCAGAAGGACGAGCGCUCCAGCCUUGAGGAACAAGGAAGAAUCCCUGGAGCAUGCGGAGCAGAGAGACCUCAUAACGCAAGACCAGGGUUGUCGUCAGAGAAGCAAGGAGUCCAUAUACCACCGAAGGGAAAGGAGCGGCUGGCCAAGGAGUGAUGAUCAACUUCUGGUAUGGAGGCUACAUCUGAAGGCAGGGCUCGUGCCUAUCUGAUGGAAUAUCUCACAGCUGUUUUCUUUUCUUUUUUCCUCUCCCUUUUUUAAAAUGAUUGUGGUUUUCCUUUCUUUUUUAAGAUUUCAAUUGCUGUUCAGAUGUUUGUAAUGCUUUUUCGUUAGUAAGAAAAAUAAUGAUGUAAUGGGGAGGAAAUUAUCCAUUCAAUUUGUGGGUUAAUAGUCAGUUACAGGUGUAAAAAAAAGAUUAUGAUUCAAGCCUAGAGCAAUAGAAAGUUGAUGUUUUUAAUCAGAACUGGCAGAGCCUCUGUAUUAUAGCUCUUUUAACAGUGGCCCAGUUCUCCUGAACAGGAGAUGAGUUGGUGUCUGAAAUUGUGACACUUUAAACUUGCAGGUGGAGUCCACAUGACUAAAUAUAAAAGAACUAUUUGCUUAUACACGUUGAAUAUCACUUAUCCAGAAUUCCAAAAUCCGAAAUACUUCAGAACCCAAAAUUGUUCACAUGAGGGCCACUUUUGCGUUCUGAUGGUUUAGUGUACACAAACUUUAUUUCAUGCACAAAAUUAUUUUCUAAACUGUGUAUAAAAGAUACCUUGAGGCUAAAUGUACAUCAAACAGUAAUGAAUUUUGUACUUAGACUUGGGUCUCGUAUAUCUGAAAAAAUCAGAAAUAUGGAACACUCAUGAUUUUGGAUAAGAGAUACUCAACAUCUACACAAUUAGAGAAUAAUUGUAGUUUAACUUUCUCCACCAUGCCACUUUUUAUAGAUAUGGUGGUGAUAUAGUACACGGUGUAGUACAUACUGGGAAAUCCACAGCUUUUCCUAGUGUGCAUCAGAAGGAAAGGAGGCAGAGGACUGCUGGUAUAGUUCAUGGUAGCAUCCACACGACUGGGACCUCUCAGUUACAGAUGCGUGUUUAGUUGUGGAAGCCUCUUCACUAUUUUCCAAAGGCAGGGCCCUGGCAGUUGCUAUGGCCACUCACUUUUUCCAUUUCCAAAUUACAGGCCCCAUUUUUAAGUCAUCCACACUCUAGUAAUGUUCCUGCCUGAGAGUUGUGGGGUGUCUCACCAAUGACAGGGCAUUUUUGUCCUUUCUGGCACCCCUCUCAAACUCAAUUGCCUCCACAUCAGGAGUAGUGCCAUCCAGCAGUGCCUUCUGGGGGCGACAGGUUUUCCUCCCUUUAAACCACCUACAAGCCUCAAUAGUGUGUGCGUAACAACCAGAUGGGAUCACACACAAGAAAUAAGUACACUUGUUUCGUAGGGACACAAGGGUAGCUCUUUGUUACAUAGUAAUGAGUCCUUGAAAUACCAGCCUAUUCUUUAUCUUCAUACAUGACAUACAAACAGUAUUUAACAUUUUCUUUUAACCACUAGAAAACAUUGGUAGGUGUCUGCAUCCUGAUAAGAAAACCAGCUGAAGAUACUCUAGAUAAGGAAUGAAAGAAAAACACUCUCACGGUGUCUCUGAUAGCAGUACUUUCAGCUGGAGCUCUCAACUGAAAUGAGUCCUUUCUCUAAGACAGGAGGUGAGGGAGAAGAUGCCUUCCUGGGUGUCAUUGAACUCCAACUCCCAUCAGCUCUGUGAUUUGGAGUCCAACAGCAUUAAUGGAGCUGUAGGUUUUCCAGCAUCUCCUGCUCGACACCAUUACUAGUAAUCAUAUAUCAUAUCUCAGAUAAAAAGUUAGCAGCACCAGGCUACAACCUGUGUGAGAACACAACUGUCCACCUACUCGAGGUUAACAUAAAGUUUCGAUGUUGUGCAUCCUUGAAUUGUUGACACUGUUGUACAUAUCUGGAUUGCAAUUCUGGACUCCCUGCCCUCCCCACCAACCUGCCGCACAUGUGAAUCCCGCUUCUUUUAUUAAACGGGUCAUCUUCG